GUAUUGGAACGAUUAGUUUGAAUUUUUUUUGCCACUUUAUGCCUUCGCCCACUUGAAGUAAACUUACUACUGUGCAGAUAAAAUACAAAAAGGGAUAAUUGAACUGCUUUUGGCCCGCGGUCGAUUUACUAAAAGACAGUAUAAAAAGGAGCAUUUCUUUCUCUUUUCCCUAUCGUUUCUCACAGCAUAUUCUAUUCCUAUUAUACCCAUUCUUAAUUUCCUCACACAUUUCUGAAGUUCAUUACGCCCCCUUAACCAUCCACAUACAUUUAUCAUCCAUUCUUUGCACGUAUAUAAUUCAACAUGGGUUUCACUUUUGAUAUCAUUCUCAAUACCGAACAGCCCUUCAUUGUUGAGCUUGAUACAAAGAGCCAGUUGCAAACGUUAACUGGCGAUAUCGUGCUCCAAUUGGAUAGCCCUGAGAAGUUCAAAGUGGCAAAGGUGGACAUCCAUGGACACAUUGGAGUGGCAUUAAAUAUCGAUACCAAGCCUGUAAUUGUCCAUGAGCGCCUUGUAGGAUCCACAUUCGAUUUGAUUGCAGCCAAUGAUACUGAAGGGCAUGGCACAAUCAGAGUUCCAGAGUCAGGCACACAAUAUCUUCCUUUCCGUAUUGACCUACCACAUCCUGAUGUCCUUCCCCCAACCCUAAUCAACAAACUGGAUACUCACUACAUUGACUGGAAAUAUGAGAUCCAUGCAACUUUGCAACGCGACUCUAUCUUUUCAUCCACACGAAUUGUAAAGCAUGACUUGAUCCUUCGUCGACCCAUCCCUACUACUGUUGGUGCUUCUGAAGAUCAAUCAAGCACACCAUUGUUGACAGCGUCCACAGAUUUACCAAAACAGUUCCGGUGCAAGGUGACAAUACCUUCACGAAUUUCAUUGAAUCAAGAGAAGCUUCGUGCCACAGUCGAUAUGAAGGCUCGUCACAAGUCUUUUAUGAUCAAGGAAAUCGACAUUGCUGUUGUUCAGACAGAAGAUAUCAACUAUACUACCAAACGAGGUCAUCCUAAUGUCGAGAAUGCUCAGGAGCCAGGAGCUUCAUGCACUGUGAAAGGCUCUAGACUGGUUUCUUCGAUCAAAAAGGUCGAAAAUGAGGAUUUUGAUCUGGACUUUGGUCGGAAAAAGCCCCUUGAACUAGAUAUCCGCCUAGACAAUUUCCAAUUGAUUCCUUCAGAACAUAGCCUCGAUUGGCUGAAUAUUUCACAUAUUGUCCGCUUCACUGUUUACUUUAUGGAUGUGAAUCUCCCUCCUAAUACUUUGGAGAUGCCUCUCAUAGUGGAUCAUGAAGGCGUCUCGGCUGAAACAAUUACAUCUUUAAAGUCAGGAGCAGAAGCAAGAGCAGCAACGGAAGCAGGAGCAGAAGCAGAAGCAGCAGGAGUAACGACAACAGUCAAAAAUAAGUCAGUUACGCGCCGACUCAUUGAUUCGCUCGAUAUUUUUGGAUCUAGAUCUGGAUCUGGGUCAGAUAGUCACUCUGAUAGAGAGUCAACACCAGAAGCAGAUUAAAUAAAGUUAAUAUUCUGUUUUGUUAA